CAAUUCCCCCAAUUUCCCCAUUUCCCCUCCAACGGUCGAAUUCCAUCGCGCCCUCUCCAUCUCCUUCCUCCGUCCUCUAUUCUAAGACCCACUGCCAUUAAUGGCGACAAGCGACGCGUGCGCGACGAUCCAGCACGUGAGCAGGGCGUCGUCGGAGGAGCUCCUCCGCAAGUUCGCGGAUCCCGACGCCGGCGAGCGCAAAUCCGGAUCCGAAUUCGACCGAGCCGUCGCCUCGCUCCGCGGCGACCUCCGCGCCCUCCUCCGCGCCGCCCCCGCCGUGGCCGCGCUCCACCGCAAGCGCUCGUCGCGGCGCGUCGCCUCGGGCCUCUCCGCGCGCCCCGACGCUCUCCCGUCGGCGAAGCGGCGCAGAAGCUGCGGCGGCGCCGAGUGGAGGGCCGGGCUCCUCCUCCCCACCUCCUCGCGGAAACAGGCGCCGCUUCUCCGUCGGAUCGGGAUCCUGCGGUCCGACGAUGCCGUCGGGAUCGGGCUUCUCCUCGCGGCUCUCGAAAAGACGUGGCGGAAAACGGUAGCAGGUGCAUCGAAGAUGUUUGUGGAGAAGCAUUGCAGUAACCAUGUCCGGCUUAUAAGUGACAUGGUCUAAACUGGGGUGGGCUACAGUUUCUGUAGUAAUUUAUUAGUGAUUUAUCUCAAAUAAUUGCUUACAUUGAAACAGAUAUUUGUUUACAAUAUGUCGCUAUAUUUAUUAUUUUUAUUCACAAUUGAUGUUAUGAUUACUUUGGUAAUUGUAAUUCAUAUUUAUCAGGAAGAUUUGGCCUUUAAUUGUCUA